AUGGAGACUUCACCAAACUACUACUACUACUUCCCCAUCUUCCUCUGCUUCACCUUCAUCGCCUACAAAAUCCUCGGCCGCCGUUGGAUCAACCGCCACCACGAUCCUCCCCUUCCUCCGUCCCCCACCGCACUCCCAUUAAUCGGCCACCUCCACCUCCUCAAGCCGCCGCUCAACAUUUCUCUCCAAACCCUGCUCUCCCGCCACGGCCCCGUCCUCUUCCUCAGAUUCGGCCGCCUCCCGGCCUUAGUCCUCUCUUCCCCCGCCGCCGUCGAGGAGUGCUUCACCAAACACGACGUCGUCUUCGCCAACCGCCCCAAAUCCAUGUCCGCCGACCACUUCACGUACAACUACCGCUCCUACGUCUGGGCCCCGCACGGCGAGCUCUGGCGGGGCCUAAGACGGUUCAGCGUCUCCGAGAUCUUCGGACCGAGGGCCCUCCUCAGGUCCGCCGCGGUGAGGCAGCAGGAGGUUGCCGCCCUGCUCCGCCGUCUCCUGGCUGAGUCUCGUAGUUGCUCAGGAGGCGGCGAUGGAAAAUUAGGAGCAGCUACGGAUGGGGCGGUGGUCAACCUCAAGUUCCUGCUGUCGAUUCUGACGGUCAACGUCAUGAUGAGGGUGGCCGUCGGGUGGCGGUGCGUGGAGGAGGACGAAGCCGGCACGGCGGAGGAGAAGCGCAAGUUUCAGGAGUUCAAGGACAGGUUCUACCCAAACCUGGGGUUGACCGUGUGCGACUUCUUCCCCGUUCUGCGUGCGAUUGGGUACGGCGGGAUCGAGAGGAAGAUGGUCGGGCUGAUGAAAGAGCGGGACGAGUACUUCCGCCGCCUGGUGGAUCGGGUUCUGGCGGAGAGGAGACGGCGGCGGAGGGAAGAUUCCGAUGAUGGAGCAACCGGAUGCGGAGAGGUGAAAUCGGUGGCGGAGAUUCUCCUGUCGUUGCGGGAAUCGGAUCCCGGAUUCUACACCGACGAAGUGGUCCAUAGUACUAUUUCGAUGAUGUUUAUCGCGGGGACGGAGACCACCUCGAUCACCCUAGAAUGGGCGAUGGCGCUCCUCCUCAACCACCCACAAGCCAUGCAGAAGCUCCAAACCGAGAUCGACGACACCGUCGGCGUUCACAAUCGAUUGAUCAACGAACACGACAUCCCCAACCUCCCUUACCUAAAAUGCGUCGUAAACGAAACCCUAAGACUCUACCCUCCAGCUCCAUUCCUCUUACCCCACAGCUCCUCCGAAGACUGCACCGUGAAAGGAUACCGCGUGCCAAAGGGCACGACGCUGAUGGUCAACGUCUGGGCGAUGCAGAGGGACCCGCAGCUGUGGGAGCAAGCGGACGAGUUCUUGCCGGAGAGAUUUGAAUCAUCAGCACGGCCGGUGGCGGAGGAAGGUUGCAAGUAUGCUCCGUUUGGGAUGGGGAGGAGGUCGUGUCCUGGCGCUGGGUUGGGGAUGGGGUUGGUGUCUUUGGCUUUGGGGUCGUUGGUUCAGUGCUUUGAGUGGGAGAAGAAGGAGAAGGUUGGGGGAGAAGAUAUGAGUGCUGAUUUUGGGAUUGCUCUGUCGAAAAAGAUGGCGUUGGAGGCUAAGUGUGUUCCUCGUUGUGAUGUGGUUAAGCUAAUUCUGUCGAAUGUUUAA